AUGGCUCGACGUGUGAAGUUGAACCCUUCCCAACUCAAGAAGCCUGCAGACGCCUACACCAACUGCGUGUUUCUGGGCCCGAAGACCCUCCAGGAACUAUCCCCCAGCCCCCUUAAGUUAGUCAAAAUAGGGCGGGCCAUCUUCCAGGUGCAGCCCGACCCCUCUCUGACGGGAUCGAUCGGGCUCAACAAAUUGGCCCGGGAGUUCAUGCGAGUCAGCAUGACCGACGAAGUCGUGGUGGAGCCCUUUCUGCCCGAUGCCGACGAUCCUCUGGUGUUUGCAGAGGUGAAGCUAGAACUGCAGCUGCCGGUCAACGACGGUGAGCCCACGGCCAUCGAUGAUGCCCUGCUCGCCAAGGAAGUGACUGCGACCUUCAAAGACUUCAUAAUGAACGAGGGACAGAGCCUGCUGCUCAUGCAUAAGGGGCAGCAGUUGUAUCUGAACGUGAGCUCGGCAAAGAGGGCGGACAUGGGGCUGGGGGCGAAGAGGACUGAUUGCUUCGGGGUGAUCUGCCCCGAGACGGACCUGGAGUUCAGGGUCAAGGAGGGCAGCAAGAUCAAGCUGAGCAGCCAGCGCCAGGCCGGCAAAAACAUCUUCAAGCAGGACUUCAAAUUCUAGGACAUGAAGAUCGGCGGGCUCGACUCUGAGCUGGCUAACAUCUUUCGGCGGGCCUUCGCCUCCAGACGGUUUCCGCCCGCCAUGAUCGAGAAGUACGGCAUCAAGCACGUCAAGGGCAUGCUGCUCUACGGCCCCCCCGGCACCGGCAAGACCCUCAUCGCCCGACAGCUCAGCAAGGCCCUCAAGGCAAAGGAACCCGUCAUCGUCAACGGGCCUGAAGUCUUCAGCAAAUUUGUCGGAGAGUCUGAAGAAAACGUGCGGAAGCUGUUCAAGCCUGCACGCGAUGACCAGGAAAGGCUCGGGGAGGACUCACCGCUCCACGUGAUCGUGUUUGACGAGAUGGACGCCAUCGCCAAGCCCAGGGGCACUUCCAACACUGGCACCAACACCCACGACACGGUGGUCAACCAGCUGCUGACCAACAUCGACGGGGUCAACAGUCUGGACAACAUCCUGGUCGUCGGAAUGACCAACCGAAAGGACCUGAUCGACGAGGCAGUGCUCCGGGCAGGCCGCUUCUAAGUGCACAUCGAGGUGGGCCUGCCAGACGAAGCAGGCCGGCAGCAAAUCUUCAAGAUCCACACCGAGUCGAUGGUGAAGAACGACAUCCUGAGCAAGUCUGUGGAUUUGGCUGCUCUGGCGAAGUAGGCCAAGAAUUACACGGGGGCCGAGAUCGAGGCCGUGGUCAAGUCGGCAGCCUCGUUCUCGAUGUCCCGGACUCACAACCUGACUGAUUUCAGCAAGAAGAUCACGAUCGAUAAGGACCACAAGGUGGAGAUGCAGGACUUCGAGUCGGCCUUGCUCUAGGUGAAGCCGCUCUUCGGGAUGGACUCCGAGCGGCUGGAGGUGUACAUCCGCAGGCCUCUGAUCAACUACGGCAGGAGGUUUUAACGCAUCCGGCAAGUCUUCGAAAACACCUUCAAGCAGGCCCGCGAGGGCAAGAACACCCAGCUCUCCUCCAUCCUGCUGGAAGGCGUCUCAGGCUCUGGCACCACCUCCAUCGCUGCCCACGCCGCCCAUAGCUGCGGCUUCCCCUUCGUCAAGCUGGUCAGCCCCGAGCAGUUCGUCGGAUACAGCGAGGCUGGCAAAAUUAACGCGAUCGUCAAGGUCUUUGAAGACGCGUACCGGUCCAGGCUGAGCUGCGUGGUGCUCGACAACCUGGAGCGGCUGAUCGAGUGGGUGGACGUGGGAAUGCGCUUUUCGAACGUGGCCUUCCAGACCAUAUCGGUCCUGCUGGGCAAAAUCCCCAAGAAGGCAGAAAACCGGCUGCUGAUAAUAGGGACCACGUCCAGCGCCAAGCAGCUGGAGCACCUGUCGCUGCCGCAGUCGUUCCAGCUGCGAGUGCCCGUGCCCGAGCUGGACGAGUCCGAGUUGGCGCAGGUCUUCCGGGAGCUGGGGGUGGCGAAGGAAAGCAGCGUGUCCUUUGCGCGCAUGAUGCGGGAGGGGCCGGUCAAGAAGGCCCUGGCCGUGCUGGACAUGGUGGGGGACGAGCAGGACAGCAGCAAGUUCCGAGAAGUGCUGGACUCGUUCUCACUGGCUUGA